GCCGAUCAUCUAAGGUUUCAAAUUAAACAAGAACAGAAAGCGAAGUGUUAUCCUCUACUUAUUUAUCGGUCUGGAUUUUUUGCUUUACACUGCGGGUUAGGCAUGGCAGAGGCAGAAACGGAGACCAAAGUUGCUGAGGGUGCUGCAAAUGGAACUUGUCCACCUGAGGAUACUGGACCCCCCGAGGAUACUGGUGAAGCUGAAACUCUAAAGGUGGAGGAAGCUGUAACUCUAAAAAAAGAGGAGGACACCAAUGAAGUUAAGGAAAUGGAAGAAGAUAGUAAAGAAAUAGAGAAGAAUGAGGCUGUGGGAAUGGAUGAAGACCAUGAGUUGAAGGAAGAAGAGAGCAAGCAGGAAAUAGAAAGUGAAGAAAAAGAACCGGAAGAUGUGAAGAUAGAGGAAGAAACUGAAACAAAGGAAGAGAAGGAGAGCAAUGAAAUUGUUAGGAAUGCUGAAGAGAAGGGAGAGGAGGAGAGAAAGGAAAAUGUUGAGACUGCUGAAGAGGAAGAAGAAAAUGAGAGCAAAGAAAACAUUGAGACUGAAGAGAAGGAAGAGAAUGAGAGCAAAGAAAACAUUGAGAAUGCUGAAGAGGAAGAGGAGGAGGAGGAAACAGUGAAAGCCAAGGAGAGCAAAGAAAACAUUGAGAAUGCUGAAGAGGAAGAGGAGGAGGAGGAGGAAACAGUGAAAGCCAAGGGGAGUAAAGGAGAAAAGGGAUUGAAGAAGCGUGGUAAGAGGCGGAAUGUUGAGAGCAAGGAGGUGGCUAAGCAAAACGAAUCGGAUGGAAAAAAUGUGAAAGAAACUAGUACUCCCAUGGCCUUAUCUCUUGAUCGACCUGUGCGUGAGCGAAAAUCUGUUGAGAGGUUGGUGGCUUCUAUUGAGAAAGAACCAGCAAAGGGGUUUCGCAUUGAGAAGGGCCUUGGUACUCCACUCAAGGAAAUUCCAAAUGUGGCAUACAAGUUAUCAAAGAAGAAGACAGAUGAAACAUUCAAGUCACUUUACAUGAUCCUUUUUGGAAGGAGGGGAAAGGCAUCUGAUGUCAAGAAGAAUAUUUCCCAGUUUUCUGGCUUUGUGUGGCAUGAGAAUGAGGAAAAGCAAAGGAUGAAAUUAAAAGAAAAAUUUGACAAGUGUGUUAAGGAGAAGUUGCUGGAAUUCUGUGAUGUGCUUGACAUAUCUGUUGUGAAGACAACAACAAGGAAGGAAGAUAUUGUUGUGAAGUUAAUAGACUUUUUGGCAUCUCCACAUGCAAUGACUGAUGUUUUACUUGCAGAGAAGGAGCAGCCAAGUAAAACUAGAAAGCGCAAAAGGUCAGUCAAGGGAUCUGCAUCAAAGUCAGGUGGUUCUUCUGCAAAACACUCUUCAGGGAAACGAAUAAAGUCUGGAGACACUCCAAAAGGGACAGAUAAAAGGAGUGACCUUGACACCGGAGAUGAGUCUGAAGAAGAGGAUGAAGAGAAUGAUAAUGGUGUUCCAGAUGCACCUCAGGAGGUUCUUGACCAUUCUGAGAAUGAGGAUAAGGAAGAUGAAUCUGUAGAGGAGUCUGAAGAAGAUACGAGAAAGCGUAAACGUAGUUCAAAGAAAUCAUCAUCGAAGAAGGAAUCUGCUGGGAAAACUGAUAUGAAGAAAUGUACAACCUCCACGAAAGCUACUCCAACUGCACCGCCUAAGAAAACUCCGAGCAAAUCAUCAUCUAAGCAUUCUAAGGUUGAUGACAGCAUUGAUAAAAGCCCGAAGGUGUUUUCAAGAAAGAAGAAAAAUGAGGAGACCAAGAAAAAGGCCUCAACCACAGUAAAAUCUGCCACCAAAGAUAAAGCUGGUUCAAAGGUGGUGAAAGGGAAGGAUAAAUCCAGAGAAGGAGAACCUGUACCAAGUGAAGAUGAACUACGAAGUGCAAUCUGUGAAAUUCUGAAGGAAGUUGACUUCAACACGGCAACAUUCACAGACAUUCUGAAGCUGCUCGCUCGGCGGUUCAGCAUGGAUCUCACACCAAGAAAGUCAGCUAUAAAGCUUCUGAUCCAAGAGGAGCUUACAAAACUAGCUGAUGAGGCAGAAGAUAACGAGGAUGAUGAUGGGGAAGGUGAUGAAAAAGAAGAUCAACCAACUGCAGGUCAAGAGGUAGAGGCGUGACUUUUUACAUGAAACAUAUGUAGGUGAGCAAUGAUGUAAUUUAUUCUUGGUCAUAUAUUGCCGGCAACAGAAGAGGUAUUUUCAGGCAAAGCAAGCAUGGUGGUGGGGGUGACAUGUUAUGAAUGCCUGAUAGAUUCGUGGUCAUUUUGUUUCUAUACUAACCUCAUGGAUACACAGUAAGGCAGGUAACUUAUUUUUUAUCUUGCAGAAUCAAGCCU